AUGGCGAACAGAUCAUCACAGCGGUCUUCGGGUUCUACAAAAACAAUGGGCAAUUUCGAUGCGACAGAGCUGUCGAAGGAAUUCGAGAACCUGAUGCGGAGCAAGAAAUUCAAUGAUUUUCAGCAACAGUCACGUUCCAAAUCGCGCACUGCGUCGCCAGCCCCUUCGGAAUCCCCUCUCUCUCCAGCAUCGACACAAUCGCCAAAAUCUUCGACAAAUCGACGGCUCCCAAUUAUGCCUCAGCGUCCGCAAGAUACCGCGUCUAUCAAAUUCUGCAACCUCUUACAUGUCUUAUCUGUGACUCCCAAAAAAUACGAGAAUCCAGGCUUAUUAGACGAAGCUUUGACCGUCAUCCCUCUUGACCGAUUGUACGCGGAGGCAGACGAUGAACACCAAAUACACCAAGCCCGAAGUGCCAGUGUAGGAAAGAAACCACAAUGGGGCUAUCAGGACUUCGUGAUUCAGUCACUUCUCAGGUGGUUCAAAAAUUCUUUCUUUACUUGGGUCAAUAAUCCACAGUGUUCGAAGUGCUCCAUGCCAACCAUCGCUCACGGAAUGGUUCCCCCCACACCGGACGAGACUGCUCGUGGCGCAACACGGGUCGAAGGUUACAAGUGCUCUGCCUGUGGGGCUUUAGAGCGAUUUCCACGAUAUUCAGACGUCUGGCAGUUGUUGCAGACCCGGUGCGGCCGUGUUGGAGAAUGGGCCAAUUGCUUCACCAUGCUCUGCCGAGCCUUGGGCAGCCGAGUGCGUUGGGUGUGGAACUCAGAGGACUACGUCUGGACAGAAGUAUACUCUGAGCACCAACGAAGAUGGGUGCAUGCCGACGCUUGUGAAGGUGUUUGGGAUCAACCGAGGCUAUACACAGAAGGCUGGAAUCGGAAGUUGUCAUACUGCAUUGCAUUUUCAAUUGAUGGUGCCACCGAUGUGACGAGGCGAUACGUCCGUAAUCUGAUGAAACAUGGCGCCCAGCGAAAUCGGGUUACGGAAAAUGUGCUUUUAUUCGCGAUCUACGAAAUUCGAAGAAUGCGACGUGAAAAGCUUUCUGAACAAGACCACCGACGAUUGCGGAAAGAAGAUGAGCGGGAAGAACGAGAAAUGCGCAUGUUUACAACCAGAGCACUCGCAGCAGAGAUUACCUCUCUGUUCCCAGGCUCGCGACAGACUGCGCGGGACACCGAUCAUAAAACGCCGCUUACCCAAGAUGAAGAUGCUGCGCAGUGGAUCAGUGGCAGGCAACAGAAUGAACACGAGAACCAAGGCCCAGACUCACGGCGAGAUCGUGAUAAUCGAAGAUGA